AUGUCUUCGCCUAAUGUCGACAAUUAUUGCAAUGGCAAAGAUAAUAGAUAUAUUGUUAAACAAGACAAUAAUUGGUUUAAUCCAUACAAAUGGGAACAACUUAUUGAAUGGGUUUCAUCGAGUGAAGUGAUCAGUGAAGAUAUAUUUAUUGAUUUACCCGAAGAACACAAUCCUAUACCACAUAUGGAAAGGAUUCCUUGUGUUUAUGAUAGGGUUCUCUUUGAGAGUUAUACUUCAUUUAAAGUAAUCGUAGACUUAAAAGAUAAUAUGACUAUUAAGUCAUUGAGAAUAUGGGAUCAAUACUAUAGUACUCAAGAUUUUAAAGACUUUACCGAUAGUGAUAUCGGUAAACUGUUGUUCACAAUUAAUGGUAAUAUUGAAAAUCUGAUAAUAGAUAACAAUAUGAUCUGCAAAGACAAAACCGGAUGUGUUUGUGGUAAUGAGGAACCGACUAUAAUGCAAAAAGUUUGCAAUUAUGUCCAAAAAUAUGGUUGUCCAUCACUUGAAUGCUCCGAUCCUAUUAAACCAGUUGGCCACUGUUGUCCAAUAUGUGCCUCAAUGUUGACAAUUUCGUAUAAAAAUGAUUUUAGUAUUGAUUUAAUAACAGGUAUUACAACAGCAUAUCUCAAUCACAAAGAAUAUUCAACUAUCAAAUCAUAUUUACAUAAACUUAAGUCUCGAAAGUUUCAAUUUAUUGUCACUGAUUUGGCAAAUAAAGGUUUGGCCGACAAAUUGGUUAAUUCAAUCAAACAGUACUUUAACGACGGUAUAGAACUUUGUUAUUAUUAA